AUGGUGCCCCAUGCCGUCUUGUUGCCAGGAAAGCUGCAAGAGCUACUGGAUGCGAUAAAUCAUGUCGCCCGCGAAGACCCGAACCUAAAGACCGGAGACCUGGAAGCAUGUUCGGAGCUUUGGCAAUCAAGCCCACGCAUCUAUUAUCGACGCCCACGAUCUCGGAAGGAGCUUGACACCCGCGAAGAAGGCAAUGACAGCGACGACGACGACGACGACGACGACGACUAUGAAGAACGCAAGGGCGCAUAUUCAUUGCCGCUUCCGACACCGCUCUUCACUGCCUCACGUCCACCCCAUACCCUGCCUUUCCGAUAUAAACCCGACACCCAAGCCGUUCCUUCCACCCCUACCACCAUUACCAGCCCAGUCCCAUUCCUCCUCCUUACAGGCAGUGACGGCCUACGCGACACACGCGCCCCCAUCCUCUUCAGCGGCGCCCCCCUCUCCGACAUCCAAACCGCCAUCCACGCCGCGAUACCCGCCCACACAGCCCUCUGCGAAGCCCGUAUCAACCACAACCGCGACAACCCCAAAAGCCACUCAUGCCCUACAACGCCGAGCAGUAGCGGCAGCCCCAGGCACAGGCACAGGCCUACAACGCCAACACCAACGAAUGAGCAAUUGGAAGAAGCGACCCGUGCAGCCCUCUCACGCGCCCGCACAGCAUCCUUACCACGCCCUACUCGCCUCCCCGUCCACACCCGCAGCGAGACUCCCGCCUGCUCGCGAAGUCGCCCGAGGAAACAGCGUCGCACCGCGCCCACCGGCCCUGCUCCAUACCAACCUGACUCCGACGAUGGAGACAGAGGCCGCUCGCGCACGCGGCCCGUGAUUUCUCGGCCGAUGCUGCAGCAUCCGAUUGCCGUGGCUGGGGUCGAAGUCGGCGAGGGGCGUCCGGGGGGUUCGGGUAGCUCGCUUCACGAUCCUGCGAAGGGGGACAUUGGGGGUGUGCUGGAGGCUGGGCGGACGGCGGCACGGCGGCGGGGGAGGGCGCGCGACUUGUCGAGAGAGGGGCGUGCGAGGGACGCGGUGCUGCGGGGCGCGUCCGAUACAUCGACCUGGGAGGGUCUCGCCCUCCCCAGCGAAUCCCAGCCCCGUGGCACCGCUGCACAGCAUGUCUUCUGUACCACCGCUGAAUCAGAUCAGGCGAGCAGCUGA